GCUAAUUAAAUGUUUCUGUUUUCUCUAAGUUUGUUAACUAAACUAAAAAAUUAUGCAUUGUUUCUUGGCAUUCUCGGUUUUCUUUUGAAAGAAUGCUUUUCAUGGUUUUCUCAUUGCUCUUCUUCCUUUAUUUUCGGCUUCUUUUUGAACAUCGGCUGGUGGAACCCAUGGCUUGCUUCUGGAGCAUAGUUCAAAGCAUUCUUGUCUUUAAUUUUCCAACUCUCAGUUGGUUUUGUUUGAAUGUUUGAAACAUCUUCACCAACUUUGUCAUUUCUCUUUCUUCUAUGCUUCUUUGAAGAACCAGCUGAAUCUUUUUCUCUCUUACUAUUAGGCUCUUCCAUUUGAUACUCAUGAGUUUCUAA